GAAAAUUGUAGUAAUUCGCAGCUCGGGAAGUGGGUCCUACGCGUAACCCUGGAUUUGGGGGGUGGGGUGGAGUGGGAAGGGGCUGCCUCUGCUGAAAUUCAACAACAACAAACGUGGGUUACAUCCACAUUUUCAUAUCUCACUCUCGCCAUUAAGCUCCCCCACUAACUUUCUUUCUGUUUAUUCUUUUUUCUCUCUCUCUAGAAAGAAAUCUACAACAUACAGUUGCAUAUUUUCGGGGAAGGAAGUUAGAGAGGAGCAUUGUGCUUAGUGGAACCUGGGAUUUAAUUUAUUAGCAUUAGUGGGUUUUGAUUUUUAGUGCUCUUUCCCCCUUGCGUUUGUUUCUGGUUUUCUGCUCUUUUUCGUGAAGAUAAGCUGAAAAUUGGAGGGUGACUGAGUGCUUGCUUUCUUGGGAAUCAUAGUUUGAUGAGAAUGGAUUUUGAUUCUUGGAUCCAUUUCUUCUGGAGAGCUGAAGUUUCGAACCCAGACAAUAGCGAGAUAGACAGAUAGAGAGAGAGAGUAGAGCUGAAUUAAAGUGAGGUGCUUGGAUUGAUUAAAGAUGGAAGCGUGUUCUGCAGCCCAAUGAGUUUAAGCAACUCCAUCAAUUUUUCUUCAGGAUAUCCUUUGCAUGUGAGUUGGACCAAUAGAAGGCUUAUCGAAUAUGGUUGCAUCCCCAUUCAUAUUAUUUAGUUGGAGACAGAAUAUGUAAAGCAAAGUUGUCUGCCAUUAUUAGAUAGAAAGGAGGUUCAAGAUGGAAGAUAAAUUUUCUGAUGCUCAGAAAGGUAGCCAUGCUAGCGAGGAUUCAUCAUCAAAAAGCUCCAACAAGGAUAGAGGAUUAUCAGGUGACAAUGGUUUAGAUGGUUCAGAAUCAAAAUUGAAAAGGUUGGUGAGAAGGACAAAUUCACAGCACACUUUUAUUUUAAAAGUAAAGCAAUUACAACGCAGCAGAAGUUACAUUAAGGAAUCUUUUCUUCGAAGCAUUCGUAUCUUGGAGAGUUGGAUCCCAAAGCAUAUGGUAACAGUAGAUGAGAAAUAUCUUCGUCGAUGCCUAGAAUUAAUUCAUGUCAGUGCUUCAAAAGCAGCCCCUCGAAAUAUCUCCCUAAACUUGGAAUGGGGAGAAAUGGGCAUUUUGUCUGAUGGCUCGAGUCCAGUUAAAAUAGAUAAUGAAAAUACAUGUGAUUUCGCUAGGUUUCAUUUUGACUGUCCGUUGGCAUCUGCGAAUGGGAGUGUAGUUAUUAGUCCAGCAGGACACUGGAUUGUUGGUUCCAUUAUGGGUAGCAAGAGUAUGGUAAAUAUUCUUAACAGCCCUUUGUUUCACAAGUAUGGUGCAUAUGAUGGUGAUGCCAAUUUUGAGAAAGUUAGUUUCAGUGAUGUUGAUAGAUCUCCAUAUGAUUUCAUGAACUCUCCAGGUGUGUUGAGUAAUUAUUUAUCCAGCAAACUACACAAGGAAGCAUCAGUUCCAGGAAACCAUAAAUAUAAAUCUGAGCCUCUGCAUGAAAGACUUGCUUCUGUGUCAAGUACAAACUCUUCAUGUUCUGAUCAGUCUUCUUCAUCUCUCACUGCAACUAGUACUCAAGGAAUGCUCCAAUGCACAUGGAAGGGUGGGAGCCCACAUUUUGUUUUCUCUCUGGAUGAUCAAAAAGUGGUUUAUGUGGCCAACUUGUGGAAGGUCGAACCUGCAAAUGAUAAAGCUGUGGACUAUACAUACCUGUUCCAUUUAAGGAUGGGUGGCCAAAAGGAACAUGAAAUUCGUGAUAGUGACUCUCAUCUCGUAGGUAAGAUGAAGGUAUCAACUUCUUUUACCCUGUGCCCAAACAAGUCAAAAAUCAUGGAGAGAGAAUUUGUUUUAUUUGGUGGUAAUGAAAAUCUUUCGCGAAUGCAAAAUUCAAUCAAUGACCUCAAAAAGAAUAAGGGAUUGUCAAAGAAGGUAGCAGAAGUGUUCCGGAGCAGUCACUCAAUGAAAAAGAGAACUACCUCCAGAUUUACUGGAUCAAGUGCCAUACUGGAGGAUUCUUCUUGGGAGCCAUUUCAAGAUAUAGAUAACAAUGUUGAUGCACUUUGUGGGCCUGACCUUUUAGCAAAUCAUCUUCCACCAAAUUUUGAAUUAGUUGCCAUUGUUGUGAAGGAACAUCUUCCUGAUAGUCAACAACAGAAGGUUGGAGGUUGGGGUAUGAAAUUUCUCAAGAAAUCAAGUGUAAAGCGAACAGAUGAUCUUAUGGAAUCCUCACAACCUCAUGGUUGUUGUGUGCGAGAUACUGGUGACUGUUCAACAAGUAUGGAUGUUCUUAUUCCAGCUGGUCUUCAUGGUGGGCCAAGGACCAGAAAUGGUGGUCCUUCCAGUCUUAUUGAAAGAUGGAGUUCAGGUGGAUGUUGUGACUGUGGGGGCUGGGACCUAGGGUGCCCAUUAACACUACUUAAGAACAGAAUGAGUAACAAAGAGCUUUCACCCCAAGCAGAUAUGCAGGGAGAGUGCAAGUUAGUUGAUUUAAUCAUACAGGGUUCAGAGAACAGUGCUCCCCCCUUGAGGAUGGUGAACGUUCACAAUGGCUUGUAUUUUGUCAAUUUCCAGUCAACUCUGUCAGCUUUGCAGUCUUUCUCAAUUGCAGUGGCAUUUAUUCAUACCCAGAGUCCUGCUCUCCGACCUCAAGAUGUACAGGAAUUAAAGUAGCAAGAUUCAGGAUUGAGGUCUAUGUAGUUAUUGUAACUCCUCCCUUACUGUAUUACUGCACUUCAUAAGUCAAUAUUUGAGUAUUUAUACAGAUAUUUAGAAGUUACUUCAUGUGAGUUUAUAGUUUAAUCUGUUUAGUGUCAGAUUGUCUUCUCAUCAUAGGUUUGUUGGUUCCUGCUACUGAUAGUGAUUGAGAUUGUUUAUCAGACAAGAAAACUCAUGUAACCUACUCUGUUCUGAUUGAGUGUACAUUUUUUUUUUAAUUGGAAAAUGUACAAGUUUUUGAUAAGGAGAAUUCGGACUGAAUGUUUUUGUUCA